GUGCCCUGGUCGACACCAAUAGCCCAACUCCAAGACAGCAUUUCUCACUACAACCAGGCGAGAGCAUUCGAAGGCGGUCGAGCGGGUCCGGUCAAAGAUGAGCCCGCAUUAGCCGGUCAGUGGGUGCGCUCAUGCCCGCCAAGCCCUCGGAGCCAUUCGGCCUUGAUGAACCAUCCUGCCAACAGAACGCCAUUCUAUGUCGAUUGAGCUGCCUGGCGUUCCAGUGGGGCACAUCCAUUUUCGAGUCACCGGGUAUCCCGCGAUUGGCCAACGACAACCAGAGGAAACUACAGAUCAUCUCUACGCACAGUUCAAGAUCCCAAUCAAUACAGCGUUGUGUGUUUCCUUCUACGGGAGGUAGUCUGCGGCCUUGGUGCGCCCUUCCCUGAAUGGACACGCCUCUCUCCGACGGGCCAUCAUAGCGGGGAAUUCUUUGCGAGUUUCUGAGCCAUCAGUUCUCUCUUGUGAGUUACAUGUCUUUUCUUUCCAUCAAACCCCUUCCUGUGGCUUUCUUUGCAUUCCAAACGCCGCCAGUAACCAGACUUCACUUAUGCGAUGAGUGCCUCUUCUUAUAACAAUGCAUGCCGUGAGGCUAACAUCUUGCCUCCCGUUUUCCAGAUCGUCUCAGACCGGCGUGGAGGUCGCACCGCUUGGUCCAGCCGAGUAACCGUACAUGGACGCACACUCUCGGCGCGAUUCUGGUAUGAUGGGAAGAACCUGAACAACGCGAAGGAGGACGCCGCAGAAAUGGCACUCAACUACUUGACCGGCUCAAACCCCAGCUCACCGGCAAAUAGCAAAGGUAGUUGGUAGCUAGACGAUGCAAAAAGAAGUUUGCUA